CUGUGCUUGCAAGGUCGCUGCGAGAGGGAGCAUUGAACUUUGGACUGCACCUCAGAGGGUGAAGUAAACAACAGGGCUAUAUAUGUCAGUGUCAGUCUGGCUUUGCGGAGCUGCCCCGCCAGAGCUGAGAGAGAGAGGAAGCAGACUAGUCCGAAGGGGUUGCGACAACCUCAGCAAUGUGGAGAAGCCUAGGGCUUGCCCUGGCUCUCUGUCUCCUCCCCUAUGGAGGAACAGAGAGCCAAGGCCAAAGCCCUGUUUGUAAGCAACCUCCAGCCUGGAACAUAGGAGAUCAAAAUCCAAUGCUAAACUCUGAGGGUACAGUGACCGUGGUUGCUCUUCUUCAAGCCAGCUGAUACCUGUGCCUUCUGCAGGCAUCCAGACUGGAAGACCUGCGACUAAAACUAGAGAACGAAGGAUACUUGAACAUCUCUUACAUCGUUGUUAACCAUCAAGGAUCCCCUUCUCAACUAAAACACACACAUCUUAAAAAUCAGGUGUCAGACCAGAUUGCUGUUUACCGGCAAGAAGAACACCAAACAGAUGUCUGGACUCUCCUAAAUGGAAACAAAGACGACUUCCUCAUAUAUGACAGAUGUGGCCGUCUUGUCUAUCACCUUGGCUUGCCCUAUUCCUUCCUCACUUUCCCAUAUGUUGAAGAAGCCAUUAAGAUCGCCUACUGUGAGGAGAAGUGUGGAAACUGCUCUUUCACGAGUCUUGAAGAUGAAGACUUCUGUAAGAAUGUGUCCUCAGCUACUGUGGGUAAAACAGCGGAGCCCUCGGAGGCACACCACCACCACAAGCACCAUCACAAACACGGGCAUGGGCUUCUUGGGAGCAGGGAGCUUUCAGAGAAUCAGCAGCCCGGAGCAGGGGAUGCGGAAGCACCUCUCCCUCCUUCAGGCUUACAUCACCACCAUAAGCACACGGGCAAGCACAGGCAGGGCCACUUAGAGAGCUGAGACAUGCAGGCAAGUGAAGGUCUGCAGCUUUCACUUGCCCAAAGGAAGCUCUGUCGAAAGGGAUGCAUAAACCAGCUCCUGUGUAAGUUGUCUAAGGACUCCGGGACAACUACCAGUAGCUGCUGCUGCCACUGCCGCCAUCUCAUAUUUGAGAAGUCAGGGUCUGCAAUCACUUGACAGUGCGCCGAAAACCUCCCAUCUUUAUGUAGCUGACAGGGGCUUUUUGCGGAGGAGAAAGUCAUUGAAUCUUGUCAGUGUCGAUCACCUCCAGCUGCCUGACAGAGUCAGCCACUAAACCCCACAGGAGCCAGCCCCAACUGAAGUUGAAAUAAUAAGACCAAAAAGUGAAAAUGACGUUCAAACUAAAUAUUUAAAAUAAGAUGUAUACUCCCUAAGUCAGUCUAAAGACACAAUUUCAUUUCUAGAAAUUUUGUUAUCCAUUUAAUUAAUCAGUGAACUAAAAGUAGAAAUUGGAUGUGGGCAAACAUGGAUAAAGCUACCGCAUUGGCUUCUAAAUUUAAAAUUUUAUGCCACAGAGAAUUUGACCCAAACCAAAUUUGUAUUACGGGGUAACUAAAAAGUGAUUGCAGCUUUUGGUUAAUAUGUCUUUCUUUUUCUUUUUCCAGUGUUCUAUUUACAUUGAUGAGAACAGAAACAUAAACUAUGACCUAGGGGUUUCUGUUGGAUAGCUCGUAAUUUAGAAUGGGGAAAGAACAACAAAGACACAUUUUCCAGUUUUUUUCUUUACUUAAACUCUUGAAACAGUAGGAACUUUUAUCUUUCUAAUCUUAAAUUUUUUAACCAAUUAAAUCUUUAACACUGUAUUUUAAAUACCUUCUUAUCUUUUUAUAUCUAAGACGACUACCAGCUUUACAUUCACUACAUACAUCUGUGUAUUUUGUUUUCUUCAUCUUGUGUUGUAUUGCUGUGAAUUGUGAGUGACUGUCUUGACAGACGUAAUGGAAGAAAAGUAUGUUGUUAAUCUGCAUACUGCUUAAGACAGUAUUUCCAUAAUCAAUGAUGGUUCAAUAGAGAAACUCAGCCCUAUGAACCUGAACUCUUUUAUGGCAAAUACCAAUAAGCAAGAAUGCAGUAGAGAAUUGGCCACAGUACAGACUUAUCUAAAUAAACGCAAUUUUAAAAAGCUUAA